AGAGCAUUUGACGAGAACAUCUAGGAACUAUUAGUGCUGUGUCCCGGUUUCCGAACGGACCGCUUACUUUGCGUCCACUGUACCGGAAGUUACGUUUGUGGAGGUCAAGUCAAAUCUCUGAAGUCGAAUUAAACAGUCACAAUGGUGAAAAAGAAGCGCUUGAGACUGAUUGCUGAGAUGGCCCGAAAGAUCCGAGCGUAUCGAGAGUUGAAAAAUCGGCCACAAGAUUCGCAGCGAUAUGCCCUGGACUAUGAAACCAUGACUCGGCCGCUCACUGGUAAGAAGCUGCCAGUGCUGGCUUGGCAGGACGUGCGGAGAGAGACUCCACUCUUCAGGCUCCUGGCUGGAAUGCGCAUGUUCGGUGUGGGACGUAUUUUUACACGGAAGUCGUGGCUGGAAGAGCACACAGAGCCUUGUUAUUGGAAGAUAACUAAAGUGAAAGUAGACUACACUGCAGAGAAUAUGGACCAUGGGAAAGCGUGGGGCGUUUUGACUUUUAAAGGUAAACAAGAACCAUCAGAGCGAGAGAUAGACAAGGUCAUGUACCACGACUGGCGCCUGGUACCCAGACACGAACAAGAGGCCUUUACACGCUUCGAGUCUAUCCCUGAACCCCCCAUCCGACAUGUGCGCUACCCGCCGCUCCUGCGUGCCAUGAUGUUAGCCCAGCAAGCCAAGGAGCUCGGUGUGGAUGCCAGCAGCCUACCCGAACCAGGCCUACCUCUUAAACGAGACGUGCUGCUCAGCAAAGAGUAUUUCCGCAGUCAGGAACAGCAGAAAAAGGAGGGAACUCCUGUCUAAGCUGAGUUCAAAGGAGAACAGUCAAAGUUAAGAUGGAAGCUGUCCUUACAGUGAUUUAGGACAAGUUUCUCCUGCCCAAAUGCUAACAUACAUUAAACUUUAGACAAGAUACACUGUCUGAUUAUAAUAAAGUUAUAUACUGUAAUGUUAGCCGUGCAUGGGAAAUCAAAUUGUUAGAAAACUACAAAUUUGGUUUAAAGGUUAGGAAUGUCAAAUUCUCUAUUCUAUUCAUUAGAGUCAGAAUACUGAAGGAUGAUUCAGAGACUAUUUAAACCUUAUUUUGUGUGUUGUCUUUUUCUUCAGGAGGAGCGAAUAAUCAUUGGAUGUGAUGUCAAUUACUGUACUUGCUCUGAUAAUAGUGUUUGCAUUAUUUAUAAAUAAAAAAAGACAUACUAAUGACAAAAUUGUAAAAAAAAAAAAAAAAAAAAAUGAAACGUGUCCACUUUUGGGGGGGCUGGACAUUGUAGCUAUGCCCGUCACUGCCACAAUGUUUCAAAGCCGACACUUUUUAACAUUGGUCUUCGCUGUGUAGUGCUGCAUUUUUAAGUUUGUCCACAGAGAAAACUUGUGUAUUUACUGUUAACUUUAGGAUCCUUAGUUCAACUGAAGGGAAACCUUAAGGUUACAGCAAUACAAAGACAUUCCUUAUAAUUGUGUGGUUGUGGCAACUGGUUGAGAAGAGCUACAUAUAUGUGAGAUGGUCAGCUGCUUGUACUUUUUGGCAAUGUCGUGUAGUGGUACAUUAAUGCUAAUUAGAAGAUAUUUAAGUCUAAUUGUGUACCUAAAUCAUAUUUAAAGGUACGGGACAUUGAUGCUGUAUCUUACUAAAGUACCAAAAGGUAUACCCUUAUAGUGAGAAGUAAAGUUAUUAUUUUCUGACUGUGUCCUGAACAAUAAAUUUGCAUU